UUGAGGAUAUAAAAUAACCACUACAGACUCUUUGGGGAGGGUCGUAUGCUUCGCUGUGCUUGGUGGGCAGUCUUUCAAUCCUUUGGCCUGAGUUGGGGGGCGGUAGAGAAGUUGGGUGUUGCCUCGUGUACGUCGUCGGCAUAGCAGACCUCUUCAUCCACAAAGAGCCUCGCGUCUCGGAAAUCUGCGUCUGUCUGUCCCGCGUCUGCUUGGCCUCCACGCUGUUCUUGCCUCCAUCUGUUCACGUUGAAAAGGAACCUGAAAACAUCAAACAUGGGAGGAGUUGAUGGCUGCACGAAAUGCAUCAAAUAUCUGCUGUUCUUCUUCAAUUUCAUCUUCUGGCUUGCUGGAGGUGUGAUCCUGGGUGUGGCUCUUUGGCUUCGUCAUGACAACAAGACCAGCAGCCUGCUGGACCUUAAGUAUGAGGGACAAGAAGCGCCCAGCACCUUCUACACCAGUGUCUACAUCCUCAUUGGUGUCGGAGCAGUGAUGAUGGUCGUUGGAUUCCUUGGUUGCUAUGGUGCCAUCCAGGAGUCCCAGUGCCUCCUCGGAACGUUCUUUGCUUGCCUGGUGCUGCUGUUUGCCUGUGAGGUUGCUGCUGGCAUCUGGGGCUUCAUGCACAGGGAUUCGGUGGCCAAGGAAUUCAUCACCUUCUAUGACAACGUGUACGAUCAAGGAAUGACUUUAAGCCUGCAGGAGGACAAGAAGCGUGCUGCCACCGGCGUCCUCAGGAUGAUCCACGAGACACUGGACUGCUGUGGAAAGGAUAACACCAUCGUAAACCUGUUCACCCACCUGGGCAAUGACCUGUGUCCCGGUGGGAGCUCUGUUUUCAACCCCAGCAAGAACUGUCACGAGCGAAUCAGGUCGCUCUUCACAGAUAAAGUCUACCUGAUUGGCUUCGCUGCCCUGGCAGUGGCUAUCAUCAUGAUCUUUGAGAUGAUCUUCAGCAUGGUCCUCUGCUGUGGCAUCCGCAACAGCCCGGUGUACUGAGGGCAAGAGGGAGGAGCCUGAAGGGUCACGACCUCUGACCUAUGAAGACACACCCCCCCACACCCCCUUUAUUAAGAAGGAAGAGAAAGUGUUUCUCUCCUCUGCUCUCUUUUGUAAUUCUUCUCUCUUCCCUGAUGUAGUCGCUUGUCCCAUUUAACAGUCCAAUGGAGGGAACAGAUAAUGAAGUGGUUCUUUAAUCUGCCUGAAGUAUAGCUAGUAGAUCCAAAAUGGUUACCACCUGCCUGCCUGCCUCUCUCUUCUCUCUCUCUCUUCUCUCGCUUUUAUCUCUCUCUCUCUCUCUCUCUCUUUCUGUCUACUGUACUGUACUAUACGCUCUGAUGCAUAAUGAAGAGCUGUGGUGAACACUCAACAUUCGUAUGCGCACACACACACCAUUCGUAUGCGCGCACACACACACACACACACACACACACACACACACAUGUACACACACAAACACACAUUCAUACGCACACAUGCCCCGAUCGGAAGAUAUAUUUUAGCAUAGUUCCUCUCCUGACCUCCAUAGCUUCCUUUUGUUAACGGUUAGGUAUUGCUAUUGCUUUAUGAGUGUGUUCUUUUCUCUUUUUCACCUGUACAUGUUUCAACUGUAUAUAUUUGCAGUGCUGUCUGACAUUCGAGCAUGGAUAUUGUGUUCUACUUCUCCCUCUCUUUUUCUCUUUCUCCCUCUAGCUCUCGCUCUCUGUAUAUAUAUAUAUAUAUAUAUAUAUAUAUAUAUCUAUAUAUAUAUAUAUAUAUGAGCUGCCUGUCGCCCUGACUUCGCUCCUAACUAGAUGACCACUAUAAAAACAGUGUUGUAUUUGCCAUUAGAGUGUUAGAGACAAACUUAGUCACCGUUGUUUGCUGAACAGAGUUUGAUUUUACCGUGCUAUGAAAGUUCACAGUUCUCCCGCUGUUUGAAUGCCCCUUAACUGCACCGACCAGAGCAGACCCAGCUAAUCCAAAACACACUCAUGCGGCCAAUGGGCAACGCUGUUAUUCAGGGUGAGAGUUAUGUUUGGGGGUUCAGUAUCCAAAGUGAUAAAAGAAUGUUCGUUUGCAAAAGAAGUUUUCUGUCAGUGCUACCCAUUGGCCGACAACACUCGUUAUCUAACAAUAGUUUAUGUUACCUACAUCAGGACCCUGACAGCAGUUGAGUCUGGACCGAAUGUGACCUAGAUCAAUGUCCAUGAUCCAGGUCCAUGCCAUAAGCCUCUGCGGUCAGGGUGACGGUUCUAGAACUUUCUCCAUUAGUGGGAAAAUGUUCUUUGUCACUUGGUUCUCAGCUCCUGGGUUGUCUGAUUUCCUUUGAAUGUCUUAGGUUCCUGUCUUAGCUUUAAAGACGCUGCGCAGCAGUGAGACACCUGUUAACUGGACUUCGCCCCAAAUAAAUAUAGGAACCGUACAAAAGCAUCAAAGCCCUGCGCUCCAACUUCUCUGCAUAUAAGAAGGGUAAAACUGCAUAAAUGAAGGUUAAAGUCCUCAUCUCAUCCAACAGGAGGGCUACAGGAUUCCUGGAGAACAAAGUUUUACCAUAGCAGGAUGUUAGCAGCUUUAAACAUUACACAGGAAUAUUGUCCUGGAGGGAAAGACCCCCCUCAGCAUCACAGUGCAAACCUCCCCUCUCUCCUCUGCAUAUCAUCUCCUGUAGAGUUUCAUUACAAUCUUCUGUUUUUAGAGACAAUAAAAACGUUUUUUUUUUUUUUUCUGUUAGCGCUUCAUGAUGCUGCGCCAGUAGUGACGUUUCCUGUUAUGCUGGGAGUUGCUUGGCAACGCUGGUAGCUGUGACGUGAGGCGAUAUUACUCUACUGAGAAUGCUGUAGUGACAAGGUGUGUGAGUGUGUAAGAGAGAGAGAGUGUGUGUGUGUGUAUAUAUGUGUGUGUGUGUGUCUACUCGCGGAGGACAUUAUCAGGAAGUCCAUGCAAGAAAAGACGCAUCUCAUUUUUAGGUUUAAUUUGACUUGCCACUCCCACUCUGUUCCACAAGGGGGCGAUCUCAACUCUGAGCUCCUCAGUGUUCCCUGCAGUAACACAUCCAGUCCUCCAGGGGCCGAGCUGGUCUUCAGCUUUCAUCUCUUGGGUGGCAUUGUUCUGCAGCCUGUAUGCAUAGCACAUACUCACCCAAUCAUCCACACUCGAACACACACACCAGCACGCACACACACACUCACACACAAGCAACAUCAUCCUUUGUGUAAUCUUACAUGCAACCUGCAAUCCUGUCUUGUUAACACGUAUGCCUAUGCUGAUAUGCUGAAAAGUGUCUUGUAAUAUGUACAGCUCUAUAUUAUUGAAUUAAUGACUAUGUAAAGACAACGUAUGCCGUUAUUGUAAUAUCUUUUCUGGUACUUUGACAGAAGAAGGAAAUGGGAGGAGAGUUGGCGGGAAGCAUGACUUGUGUGGGUAUCUAGGCAAUUGAGUCUGAUGGGAAACAACAAGGCUUCACUGUGUAGGAAUUAGGACAGCAAGAUCACAGUUACUCACUGUAACUGUGCCUUUACUUUAAAUGUGCAGGAUGUUCCAGUUAAUCUGUAUAAUGUCAGAGGCUCUUAUACCUAUAUGAUCCUGAAGCAGACAUGGCCGACCUGUUAACUUCUCUCUCAGACCAACUGCCAAGUUCCCUCAGGUCUGCUUCCACACAAAUCUCUGACCCUGCCGAACAGUUAAAGUUGUGUUGCCCAGAUAUUUAGGGAUUAAAUGUAUUUUACAAAUAA